AUGUCAGACCGCGAGUUUGGCGGUAACGACGACCUCUCCUUACCCAAGGCGACGGUCCAGAAGAUCAUAAACGAAAUCCUCCAGGGCGACGACUCCGGCGUUAGCUUCGCGAAGGACACACGGGACCUGCUGAUCGAGUGCUGCGUUGAAUUCAUCACCCUCAUCUCCUCCGAGGCCAACGAGAUCGCCGAAAAGGAAGCGAAGAAGACCAUCGCCUGCGAGCAUGUGAAGUCAGCCCUAGAGGAGCUCGACUUUGGCGACUAUGUCCCAGCUAUCCUCGAGGUAGCCGCAGACUACAAGAAGCAACAAGCCAGUCGGGAAAAGAAACAAUCCAAGCUAGAGCAGUCGGGCUUGACCGAAGAGGAGCUUCUCCAACAACAGCAGGAGCUCUUCCGCUUAGCGACAGACAAAUUCAAUGCUGCGCCUUAG